AUGCGUCACGACGGCUCCUCCGUCCCUCGCGGCGACAUGGAGUCGACAAUCACUCUCCUGGGCAGCGCAGAGUGGAAAGAGCACCAGGCGGCGAAAGAGAGACAGCACAAUGCGAUUGGUGGCAACUCUGUGGAAAGCAGCGGUGGUUCUGCUACAGAUGAUGGGACGAAGCCGGCUGUUGGGACUCCGUUGGACGAGCUGCUGGUUGCGGCGCAGGCGGGGGAGGCUGACGGCGUGGCGAAGGCGCUGGCGAAAUUGGAAGCGAGGUCGGAUGUUACAUGGAUCGCUGGGCGUGCCGCUUCUCUCGCGAACGCUUUCUCAGCGGCCUGCCGAAAUGGCCACGUAGGCAUCGCCGAGACGCUGCUCAAAUCUGGAGCGUCCGUUGAUGCUGUGGACGGGGAGGGAGCGACGCCCCUGCUGGCCGCUGCUGACAGUGGCUUCGCCAGCUGCGUGCAGCUCCUGCUAGAAGCUGGCGCUCACCCUGAUGCCCGGGACAAAGUGGGAGUGACGCCCCUUAUUGCAGCUGCAUACAACGGGCAUAAGGAGGCUCUCUCAGCCCUCGUGCGCCACGGAGCCGCUGUGGACGCGCGGUCGCAUGGAGGCGUCACGCCCCUCAUUGCUGCCGCAGAGGGCCGCCACGCAUGCUGCAUCCGCCUGCUCGUCCAGGCGGGGGCGGACGUGAAUGCACGCACGUCAGAGGGCAAGACAGCUCUGAUGCACGCAGUGGGGCGCAACUCACUGCCGGCAACAGAGGCGCUGCUGGCCGGAGGGGCAGAUGUCAGUGCUGUGGAUGGGGAGGGUUUGUCCGCCUUGCACCACGGCGCUCGCCUUGAUGCUGCUGACUGCGUUGAGCUGCUAUGUGCCAAGGGUGCGAGUAUGACUAAGAGGUGCAAGAAGGGCCGCACUGCUCUCAUGGACGCACCCAAGGGCUCCGCGUCUGCUGCCAUCCUGGAGGAGAAAUGGACGGCGUUGGAAGAGGAGGUGGCGAGGCGGCAACUGGAACUCCUCGAGCUGUUCGCUGAUGAUGCUUCUGAUGCCGCAUCCUCCAAGGCUAACGCACCCGCAGCAGCAGGCGCCAAGAGCGGCAAGGACAAAAAGAAGGCAGGGAAAGGCCGGAGCCGAACCCCCAAGGGAAUCGCCUCCCUGACCAGCAAACUGCAGGGGCUGGCAGAAGGGCCAGGCUCGGCGGCAGGCUCGGCAGCAGGUCCGGUGGAUUCAGCAGGUUUGGUGGGCGAUGUGCAGAAUCUGGUGGUGAAGACCCCAGAGUCAUCUAGCCGACCUAGUAUGUCCCCUGUGAGUUCGGUUAUGGACUUUGGUCAGACCACUGAUAGCUCUGGUAUGAGCACUGCGGAAGACGAGGAGGGGGAAGGGGAGGGGGAGGAUGAGGAGAGUGAGUAUGACACAGAGGAUAUUUUUGAGAUCAUGGCGGCUGCUAGCAAGAAGGGCUCUGGUGGGAGUGGUGGCAGGGUUAGUGGCGGGGUUGGGUCUGGUGCUGGGGUUGCGGAUGGUAAUGAUGGGUUUAUUCCAGUUGGGAGCGGUGAGAAGGCGCCAAACAGAGUGAGUGAAGUGAGCGGGUGGCUGUCUGGGGGGAGCUACAGCAGGAAGGCUGCAGGCGAGGCAACAGCAUCAGAUUCAACAGCAGCACUGCUUAAGAAGAGUGAAGGCCCUGCGAAUGCCUCUUAUGCUGCAAGGGCCGCACAGAAGAAGAGCCCCCCUGCUGCUUCACCGAGCCUCACACAGCAGCAGCAGCAGCAGUCAAAGAGCAAAACCGCCCUGACCAAGGCAGUCAAAGCUCCAGUAUCUGCUGCCGCCCAGCCGCAGCAGCAGCGACAACCGCAGCAGGCACAGCAGAAGGCUUCGCCUCCAGUAGCAGCAGCAGCAGCAGCAGCAGCAGCAGCAGCAGCAGCAGCAGCACCUGCUCCAGCAGCAGCGCAUGCAGGAGCCAACCCUGCUUCGUCCACUGGCUCGCCUACUCCCAGUGCGGUGCAGAGCGGUUCCAAUGGAUGCCCCUGCAAGCAGAGCCAGCAGCACGUUGUGGGAAACAGCAGUGAGUUGGCAAGGCGAGUGGCGGAGCUGGAAGCAGAGCUCAGAUCCGCCAGGGCUGCAGCAGAUGCGGCCAGGGCGGCUGCUGCAGCAGAGAGGGCGAGAGCAGCACAGCUGGAACAGCAGCUGAUUAGUGGACGUAAAGCCGCCGAGAUAAUAAGCGCUCGGGACAAAUCGCAGAUCCAGGUUCUGCAGCAAUCCCUCUGCUCCCAAUCCAUCUCUCUUGCAGCAGCCACCGCAUCAGCAGAAGCCUCUCGCCGCGCCCUCGCCUCCUCCCACUCCGACUGGCACUCACAGCUGCAGCGUAUCCGCUGCCAGGCUGUAGCAGCUGCCAUCACUGCUGCUACAGCCAGCUGGCAGGCUUGGGAGAACUCCCAGUUCCGUCCGAACUUGGGCGUUGCUGCCUCAGGGGUUGGUGUUGCAACGAAAACAGCGGCAACAGCAGCGGCGGCGGCGGCGGCGGCGGCGGUGGCGGCUGCAGCUGGUGCUGCGGCAACAGCCAAAGUAGCAGCUACAGCGGGUGGAGAUAAGGCAGGCACAGUUUCAAACAUAUCAAACUCCUCUUACAUUCCGAGCCCGUCUAGCCCUUCUUACGAAGCAAGCUUGACGACAGGCCAUGCAAGUCACUUUGAAGCUGCUGCCACAGCUGUAAACGCUGCCCCUGCUUCCCCUUCACCUUACGGGAUCCUUGAGGUGGCUCUGCUGUGUCAGCAGCUGAGCGAUAGCACUGCUGCUAGCAGAGCCAAUCCAGCGGCAGCUGAAGCAGCAGCAGCAGCAGCAGCAGCAGAGCCUAUGCCACGCCACUCCAGCCACGCGACACCAGGGGUUCAAUACAAGCCCUCGACCACCACUGAGCGAACCGCAGCUACGGCCGCCGACCCAGUCUCUCAUGACCCCAUGCUCUCAUUCAAAGCAUCCCUGCUUGCUGGAAAGACUGGCAGAGCCGCAAAUGGUGCUGGCAUUGCGGUGUCUCGUACUGCAAGGGCUGGUGCAGCCAAGCUUGGAGAUGCUGAUGCUUACCCGGCUUAUCCAGCUGAUGAGGAUGUAUCGUAUCCAGCUGACGCACUCAAGUCAGCUGUCAGUUCUGGGAAGCUCGGCUUAGACUCUAUCUCUCACGACGACGCAGCUGUGUCCCUCAAAGCUUCGUUUAUUUCCGGAAAGCUUCUCAGCAACUGCACACUGGACCGCUCCAGCAGUAUGGAAUUUCUGCAAGGGAUGAAACCAGGGAUGAAAGCAGGUACGCUGGAGCCGCUUUUCUCUUCACCGCACCACCACCAUGAUACAACAGCAAGCAUCAUGCGGAAAAUAGGCUUAUCAGGUCAAGGGGAGGGGAAAUUGUUGGGGAGAGCGAGAAGGGGGGCUGGUGGAGCGGACGCUAUUCCUGAGAGGACCAGCGUGCUUGCUUUUGAGAAGCUGCCCUUUGCUCCCAAGAGUACGGGUGAGGCACAGAAGAAGGCGACUGGAUGGUUCAGCCUUGUUCCCAGCCCUGACGUCGAAUGA